AUAGCAGAACGCGUUGAACGGCAGCACGUGCUGAGGACUUUCUUCGAUCACAUGGCUAUUCCAAUCGAUGCAUCCUACCUGCUACGCUAACUUGGAUCAUAUUCAAAGGCAUUUGUCAGCGUUUUGAUCCCUCGAAAUACUUUGCCGAGUUCAGGGGAAGUUGGCUCGUGGGUGUAGGUGGGAUUCGUCGUUAUCGCAAGGAAGGAAUAGGGAUCGAGAAUAGGUUAUGGCGGACAAGCCUUCACGAGCGCUUGUGAUCUAUGGCGACGGUCUUGCGGAUGCCGUGGAGUCUCAUCACUCUCAUCUUCACCAGCUCGCUGCUUCUGGAUCCUGUGGAUUCCUCGCAUUGCGAACUCUGUCAACGCCACACCCUGGUUCGUCGGCCGAUGGAAGUGAAAGGACGGUCUUAGAGCUUGCUCAACUGUUGGAUGUGUAUGACAUAUACACGGAGAAGGCACGCAAGGAGGAUGCAUCGGGAAUCACGGACGCAGGCGUGGAUGAGGAGAGCUCGAAGUUACCGAGUAUGGCUGAGAGGUUUAUGGGAAUGAAAUCUACGUUUAUCACGAACUCGAAGCCUGCCCUGGCGCUAAGUAAACGGGCUGGAUUUUCCGUGAAGCCUCUUACUGAGGACAAUGGCCCACCCCAUGCUAACGCCACGGCCUCGACAGUUCUUAGUUUGUUAGGUUUCUGCGAAUCCAGUGAUGCCAAAGAAACUAAUGAGUUGGUGUUUUUGCAUCUGGACGGAUCUUCCUCAGGAACCGGGAUUGAGUACCUGAAUUCUUUGAUUGGAUGUGUACAAGAUGCAUCGAAAGAAGGAUCACUUGCAUACGGCCAUCUUUUCCUUGUCGUUGUGUUAGGCUACGGGGAUGCCGCGCUUGGAGCAAAUGGUGGUCGGAGUUUCAAAGAGGAGAUUGCGUUGCCAUCUGAACUUGCGGCACUACGGCCGGUCCAGAGCUACAAAAUGAAGACGGGAAAGGCUGUUGAAGGAAUUCGGGAGGAUUAUCCGUUGCUGGCAGUGUACAACCAAGUUGCUGUGACUCGUCGGGAUGAAGUUCAAAAAUUCUCGUUUGAUGAUUUUAAGAAGCGGGCAGGCAACCUUGUGAUGCUGGUGGAUCGGUUUCUGUAUGAAGUGUCUUUCAAAUUGUGGAAGGCGCCGAAGUAUGGAGCUUAAUUUAUAUUGGAAGGACAUGUCAUGUAGAAUGUAGUGAACUGCUUCAGUUCAGGACAAGCUCAAUAUUGCCGAAUGGGUACACAGAUUAGAACUGCAAAUAAGACCAAAGUAGGAAGUCAAUCGGACCAAUUCACGAGUAGAUCUCAGCAGGUUGACUUUGUGCAGAACGAUUGGUUUCUGAGCUCUACACUGAAAAUUGAAGCACUGAGCAAGGUCAUUCAAAACUCCAGCGUUUUCUUCUGAACAGUUAUAACCUGCUGAGAAAUUCAUAUCUUUAUGUGAUAUUUUCCGAACUGUGCCAAUUGUACGAGUAGAAUGUCUUCUGGAUUAGUCGAUCUCUUUAGCGAUCGACAUUAUACCUCUUGUAGCAGAAUGCUAAUCAUUGUUACAGCAGAGCAUUAUCUUCACUGUAAA